GACGGCCAGGAGGAGGGCUAUGCGGUGGCGCCUCUUUUUGGUAUUGGACACAAAUUUACUGAAAGAAUCCUCCAGCUUUCUUUGGUGAGCAAUGCCAGCGUCAUCUGGGUUUUGUGCACAGACACCUAUACGUGCGAUUUGGUGUCCCUUAAGCAGGAGGAAGAACCGGAGAAAGAGGAGCAGGUGGAGCAGGUGGAGCAGGCAGAAGCUACAGGUGUCGCAACAUCUGCGAACAACGCCGUCCUGAUUGCAAUCUGUGUGUUCCUAGCUCUGUUGUCUUCCGCCCUUUCUCUUUACAUAUGCUGGGCGAAACAUCGGGGGGAGAAGACAUGUCAAAAACAACAACUAGAAAGUAUGUUGUCUAGUUUUCCUGUAUUCUUCCGCACAAUCAUACCAGACAGUGACAUCCCCUCCGGAGAAUCGGUAACAUGUAAAAAGAAGCUCCUGCCACGACCUCAAGAUAAACUCAGAACACAACAGCGAGAACAGUCUCUACGACGUGACACAAGUGACGUCCCUGGGGGUUUCUACAUCGCUAUAUAA